AUGACCAACCUCCAACCAAGCGCCAUCACCACGCUUCUCGAAAAUGCUUCUACAAAGUCACCACGCGAAGCACUAGCCAUCGAGGCCCUACACAACCUCCAAUACCAACACCGUUGGACAGAUCUCAAACUCUUCACAGUGUUAUCACCGACAUCAAGCUCCAACACAUCCACACCUACCAGCUCACCAUCACGUACGCGUCCACGUGGCCGCUCACAGUCUCCAGCACAAAGUGCCGUCUACUUAAUCUCCGGCUUACCACCACGUCAUCUGUACAUACAUCCCGACAUGCAAAAAUGGUUGAUCAGGAACAACGUCACCGAUGAAGACGUAGAUGUACAGCGUGAAUGGGUACUGCCGCUGAGCCUGGGUGAGAGAUGGAGUCUACGACAAUUCUGCUGGGUCUUUGACGGUCUGCCUGAGAGAGAGGUUUUGCGCCUGAGUAAGGACGGAAGUGUUGAUACGGAAGACGAGGCUGACUUUGAGUGGAAGGACAGCAAGAGGGCGUUGCUGGGCAUGUUGGCGCAUAAUGGUAUGGGUGGGGAUGGCACGAUUGCUUACUAUAUUAUGCAGGAGGGUGAGGUGAAGCCCAGGCAAAAUGGAUGA